UGCAGGCAACUUUUGUAGGAGAAAAAGUUCCCGCAUUAUAUAUAUUUUUUUAGUACUAUAAUGAUAUAAUAAAUAAAUAAUUAUUUUGGGACAAAAAUCUAAUGUAAAUAAUAGAUUAUUAUUACAGCGCAUAUAGACUAGCUCAUAGCUAAAAAAAAUCUGAUUUGUUGCAGUAGCCCAUAUGGCAUAUAUAUGCUACAAUCCACUCUAUAUAAAGUCAUAACAGUAUACAUGACAAAUUGUAUCUAACACCUACCUUUCUCUCUCUCUCUCUCUCUCUUGUAGCCAGUUCCUGCGCUAAUCCCAACCCUACAAUGGUUGUUUUAGUCAAUCAAGCAGGCUUAAAUGCUGCUUUCAUUUUCCUUUUGUUUGGUUCAGCUAUACUCCAUUUAGCUUCAGGUUCUACAACUAGGCUCUUUAAAUGGUCAGUGCAGCACCAGUAUUGGUCACCUGACUGUGUUGAAAAUGUUGUAAUAACAAUCAACGGCCAGUUUCCGGGUCCGACGAUCAGAGCCCGUGCCGGAGACACCAUUGUUGUUGAGCUUACCAAUCAGCUUGAAACUGAGGGAGUUGUCAUUCACUGGCAUGGUAUUAGACAGUUUGGGACACCAUGGGCGGAUGGUACGGCAUCAAUCUCACAAUGUGCUAUUAAUCCCGGAGAAACUUUUAUUUACCGCUUCAAAGUUCCCAAGGCUGGAACAUACUUCUACCAUGGACAUUAUGGAAUGCAAAGAUCAGCAGGGCUGUAUGGUUCUCUAAUCGUUGAUGUUGCAAAAGGUGAAAAAGAACCAUUCCAAUACGACGGUGAAUUUAAUCUACUAUUAAGUGAUUGGUGGCACAAAGCCUCUGAAGAACAAGAGGUUGCUUUGUCUUCCAAACCAUUUCGUUGGAUUGGUGAACCCCAGACACUUCUAAUCAAUGGGAGAGGGCAAUACAACUGUUCCUUAGCUGCGAAAUUCAACAAAUCAUCAGACGUUCCAACAUGUCAGUUUAGUGGCAAUGAACAAUGUGCUCCUCAGACCCUUCAUGUGCAGCCAAAUAAAACUUAUCGACUGAGAUUAGCGAGCACCACGGCGCUCGCUUCACUCAACUUCGCAAUUGGGAAUCACAAGAUCAAAGUUGUGGAAGCUGAUGGGAACUACGUACAACCAUUUGUGGUGGAUGAAAUGGACAUUUAUUCAGGUGAAAGCUACUCAAUUCUAUUCAAAACUGAUCAAGAUCCUUCCCAAAACUAUUGGAUCUCACUUAGUGUGAGAGGAAGACUACCAAAAACCCCUGAAGCCCGAACCAUAUUAAAUUACUCUCCCUCUUCACCUUCUAACCUUCCCAAUUCACCACCACCCGUUGCUCCAAUUUGGAAUGAUUACAAUCAUAGCAAAACAUUUUCAAACAAGAUUCUUUCACAAAUUGGCUCCCCAAAACCACCACCAUCGUUUGAUCGUCGUAUUAUUCUCCUAAACACACAAAACCACAUUGAUGGAUACAUAAAAUGGUCGAUAAACAAUGUAUCAUUACUCCUACCAACUACUCCUUACUUGGGUUCAAUCAAAUUUGGUCUAAAAGGAGCAUUUGACCAUAAAAAGCCACCCCAAACCUACCCCAUUGAUUACAAUGUAAUGAUGCCAGCUCCCAACACUAAUGCAACCUAUGGAAAUGGAAUAUACAUGCUCGAUUUCAACAGCACGGUUGAUGUGAUACUACAAAAUGCGAAUGCAUUAGCAGUCAACGUUAGCGAAAUUCAUCCGUGGCAUUUGCACGGGCACGAUUUUUGGGUGUUGGCAUAUGGAGACGGCAAAUUCACCAAGGAAGAUGAGAAGAAGUUCAACUUGAAAAACCCACCAUUGAGAAACACUGCUGUUAUUUUCCCUUAUGGUUGGACUGCAUUGCGGUUCGUGGCGAAUAAUCCAGGGGUAUGGGCAUUCCACUGUCACAUUGAACCACAUUUGCAUAUGGGAAUGGGUGUGGUUUUCGCAGAAGGUGUUCAUCUUAUUGGUAAAGUACCUAAUGAUGCUUUUUCCUGUGGGUUGACAGGAAAGAUAUUAAACCAUAAGGGUUAGUUAGAUGUUAAACUUUAAAAUGAUUCCCACUGUUGUAAUAUUGGAUAUAUGAUUCUUACCGUAUACAAUGGGAGUCAUGUGGUUCCGCCUCCACCAAUAGGAUUGGUGGAUCCCCUCCUGUAUUUUACAUUUUUUAUCCUUCUAAUUGGAUCCUCUUGUAUUUUUAUUUUUUAA